CCCAGUGAGAUAGAUCUUCGCAUCAUAGGCACCUCCUCAAUUGCAGCUCGUCAUAAAUACCGCCACUCGACUUCAUGCUUUACGGAUAUCGACACCUGGGAAAUAUUCACAUCAGACCGAAGAACUACUGUGGCCCUGCAACUGCCCCAUUGUCGAAGUAAUCUGGAAGAAUCUGGAAGUCCUCCGGGCUCACGGAGAGUUCGGAUUACCUCCCUAAAGAACUCGGUCGAUCAUGCACAAUCACCACCACCAUCAUCAGGCUCUCCAUGGCACACAAUUGCAAGGCCGCUCGAUGGCACGUCGCCCAAGCCUUGUGCCUCGUGACCGGCUGCCAUUGCUAGCGAUGCGCGGAACUCCGACGUUGGCAAGAAGAGAGCCUCUGCCGUCUACUGAUUCUUCGGCUACCUCAUCCUCCGCAUCCAGUGGUACUAAACCGACAAGCACGCUUACCACUACCACCUUGCCUGUUGUUUUAGGAGCAGUGGUUCCUAUUGUGAUUGCUAUCGGCAUUCUACUCUACUUGCACCGCAGAAACGUGAAGAAGCUCCGUAACGAAGAUGCAAACGACAAACACAAAUCUCUCGACUUCGGCCUGGAUUUGGCGCCCACUAACGGAGCUGUGCCUAUGCAACAAGCAGAGAAAGCUGAUCGCAACGCGGCCCACAACAAGGGCAUAUCGUUGGAUAUUGGGCCUAGCCCCUAUCUGCUUCCCCCCGGUCUGCACAACUCGAGGGAAUCCCUGGCGUCUAUGUCCAGAUCCAUCGGUGAUGGUGACGACGAUAAGUAUCGACACGUCGGGUCCUUCCUCGGUGACAAUUCGUCGCUCAGGUCGCACUCGAGAGGCCCCCACGACGAUGCGGCAAGCUUCACAGGUUCAACCAGACGGGCCGCCCUGGGAGACGAGAUGAACCAGGGCCUUCUGCGGAACGCCCAAAGAAUGUCGCGCUCGUCGCCGCCACUUUACAAAACUCAGUCUGGUGACCGUAAUGCUGAGAGCCCAGCGAGCUCUGAUCAUGAACGCGAUCAUGGGUUCCAACUGGAUCUGCCCAGAAGCCCGAGUCCUGUACAUGUUCCCGGAAUGGCCAUUAGCGAGCCGCACACGACAAGCAACGAAGCCGGAUUCGCUGGAGAUCACGCAGUUACUGAGACCAGUGCCAAGCAGAAGCGCCUAUCGCAUAUGCCACAGUAUGCAGAUAUGACACUUCCCAGUGUCCACGGUCUCGGCCACGACGUGGAUUCGGUACCGGCUCCUCAGAAUCAUGCCAAUCUUCCACCGUUACACGACCCUCUUUCGCUUCAUCUGGACCCCAGCCCGGCUUCUGUGCAAACCGCAUCGAUGUCAACACCCAGGAUCUCGCUCCCUGUGAGUGAUGCAGCUAGCGAUUACGGUGAUGCGCGGAGGUCUACUAUCCCGGCCGUCAAUGUGCAAGAUGUGACGAGCGCCACAAGCUAUGAAGAUGGUCCUCAGCACCCCGACGUCCCUGCUGUUCUUGCCGAAGAGCCACCUCGGGGUCAAAACACAGGCCUUGAUGCAAGCCGUCGUGACACGCGACGGAUGACUUUCGGUCUUCGUCCUCUGCCGCCAGAGGACCCGUCUGAGGACCCCGAGCAACGUGCCAACCGUAUCAGGUCCUUCUACAAGGAGUACUUCGAUGAGAACAAGAACGGCCGGGAAACAAUGUACCAAGACUAUGUGCCAGAUUACUAUGGUGAAGAGGCCUAUGCGCAUGACCCUAUGAUGGGUGAUCAGUUCGGUGCGGUGCCGGCGCCAUUUGCUGAACCAGUGACUCGUCGUGCCAUGACUCCUCCACCUCGCGCACCUCCGCGCUUCCAAGGGGCAGCUCGGCAUAUGGCCAGGGGCUCGGACGGAGGCAGUGGCUUUCAAUCUCCCGGUCCCCGUGCAUUCUCCUCGGCCUCUAACCGUAUGCCGGGACCUCCCAAGCCGCGCAAGCCGAUACCCCCGCCAUCGCCGCUUCAGAUCCUCCCCACACCCCAUAUGCUGAAUGAUGGCUCUAUCAUGUCUGCCAUCGAGUAUGCCCCCUCCAAUCACUUCAAGGAUCAAAAGGAGGGCCGACCAGGAACUCCCUUGGGCGGCCUGCAACCAUUUAGCCCGGCCGUGCCGGUCCAUUCGCCGCUUGUUUCAGCUUUCGAUGACCUUUCAGCCUUGCCUAGCGCACACGCAUUGCGCAAGUCGGGCGCUUACGACACAUUGGAUUUUGCACCUCCGCCUCGCUUCAAGAAUGAUACUGCGAGCGAUGCUGGUAGUAUUCGCAGCAACGGCACUGGGAUUUCCUCGGCCCAUUUGCACAACAUCCGCACUGGUGCGUAUCGUGUCAGCCGUCUCCCCGCGGACACUGUAGGUACUAAGGAUGACUUGAUGUCGAACCUCCGUCCUAAAUGGGAUAUGCGGCAGUAAUUACCGGCAUUUCUGUUUCGUUCUUUCUUCCCAGCCGUAACGAUUUCCCCCUCUGCCACAGCCAUCUGGUGUUACAUACCUUAUCACGAUCUAUUCUUGUCCAUUAUAUAUU